AUGGAAACCAUGAAAUCCACAACUUAUCUCUAUCAGACUGAAGCAACUGAUGGUAUCUCCAAUAAGGCCAUGAUAUCUGAAAUAGAUUUUUCUGAGAAAAGCACACCUCAAGAAUAUGGUCUAUAGUCAAGGAGAUUCUUUCAACUUAUACUAAUGACUGCAGCUUUUACUUUGAAUGCAGUGGCUUUCUCAGUAGAUAAUCUGCAACCACCAGACUAUCUUUUCUAUUUCUCGCAUUUGGCUUUUCCUUUCUUGCUUACCAAAAGUUUGUGGGUCAUAGAUGAGCUAGGAGUCAAGCAUAUGCUAGUUAUAGCCAUGAUUUUCCAAACUUUAGCUCUUUGGUUUGGAAGAACAUUCAGCUCUAAAGUAUUUGGAACAGAUUUGGUUGCUCCUACAUUUUCUGAGAUUUUGAAUUCAGUGGCGUUCGUCUUACUUCUUAAUUCAAAAACUAAGUUCAGUAGCCAAUGGUUUGACUAAAAAGGAAGAAUUUAAUCAACUGCUACAAUGCUUGGGGGUAGACAGAUUGGUCUAUAUUUAGUUUACUGGUAUUUGAAGUUAGCUGGCUAUGAUUACAAGGACUAUUUAAUGGCAAGCAGCUUUUAGUUUGCUUGUGCUGUAAUUAACUUCGCACUUCUCCUACUCGUCAUACUAUUCUUCAAUAAUGAACCUGAAAAAUUAUCAUCCCGUAGUCAAAGGCAAACCAAAAAAUAAGACAAACUCGGCUUUGAUACCUAAUUUGAAUAAUUUAUGUAAAGCGAUGACAGAGUAGAUUACAUGAAAAUUUUAAUCUCCUUAGCUGUAUAUUGCUAUUGCUCCCCAUACAACUUCUACUGGUAUUUGUUCUAUAACAAUGGAGUGAAUCUUGAAAAUGAUCAAUUUGUCGCUCAUCUUAUAUAGCCAAUAGUCUUCACUGUAGGCAUCUUAGUAUUUGGAUUUCUCCUAUCAUAAAGUUUAUCUUUCAGGAAAACAAUUAUCUUCCUAAUUAUAAUGAAUAUUGCUGCAACAAUAGCAACUGAGCUUUGCUAUAUAUUGAACUCAAACGUUGCAAUGUAAGUAUGCUAUUGUAUCCAUGCUUUCUUUGUGGGAGGUCUUAAAAUUACAAUAUUCGAGAUGGUCACUGAUUAUUCAUACCCUAUUAGCCCAAGUGUUACUCUGGGUAUAUUUAACACAUUCAGUAGCACUGUCAUCCUAUCCUUGACUAUGAUGAGUGACGAAAUCGAUAGAACUUUUAACAAUGACGAGUAUGAAAAUAACCUAUUCAAUGAUAUUAUUCAGUUGGUCUUCAUAGGUGUCUUGACCUUUGCUUGUAUUAAAUUUAUGAGGGAUGAACAAAAGAGCAAGAGAACUCAGCAUGAUUAGAAUUAUUAAACAGGCCACAUAUCAGGAUAUUGA